CUUCACUCAAAGGCCCGCUCAAUCCUCACGUCGCGCAACCGGUGUGGAUGGCCGCUGAGGUCAGUCGCUACGUGAGUCUCUGGCCUACCAUUUCCAUCCCGGCCGCCCGAAACGAAUGUGGUCGGCGUGGAGCCGAUCAGGCAACAGUCGAUUUCGGGAUAAAGAAGCCGGCCUUGUUUGCGAAUCAUGCCACCAGAGCCAGACUGUUUGCUAUUGUGCACAGCACGCAGCACACAACACGGGCAGAAGUCGCAUCAAUUCUUGCUGGUCUGGGGAUCCCCUAGCCAAUGGCAUCGACCAAGUGUGUCAAAGAAACGACUCUGACGCGCCGGGUACCGUCAUCACCAAUAUCUCAGAGCGGCACCGGCACCCAACGCCGCCACAUCCCGGUUGCCGUCUGGUCAAUGUUGCAGAUUCGCCGCCUCGUGAUUGUGAGGCCCGUACAGCGUCGCAGUGGACGCUGCUCCGUCCCACAGCCGGAGUGUCAGCGGCAGCAGCUUCUCAGCAAGGACCUUUUGACGGACAUCUAAGACGAUGAAAGGCCCCUUUCGGCCCUAUGACCUGGAGGCCAUAGUGGAUUUUGUCCUCGACAAGGGCAUGCAGACGAGCUUGGACGUCGAGCCGUGCGUCGCGGGCCGUUGUGAGCAGGGGGGACGAAGCAGUCGGAUGUGACCCGAGUGCUCGACCCAGCAAGCGAACCAACAGUAUUUGCGGCAAUAGACAUGCGUGAGAAAAUCCCCGACACCCUGCUGGACCGGUUCAUGCGUUCCGAAUCAGGGGCUUGGAGCCGCGCCGUCUUUCCUCGACCGGUAGCAAAGUCACCUGCUGCGUUCGCCACGCUGCUGGUUCUUGGGCCGGCUCGUCCCGUGGACGCCACCCGCUCCUCAGCUCUUCGCCUCGCCGGUGUGGAUGUGUGCGUAGGCGAAGGCGCUCGUGGGAUGACGGCAAACGCUCAUGCAUAUGCCGUGCAACCCUGUUUCAUGCUUACUUCGAUGUACGAAAGUAGUAGCAGAGUGCUCGAGUAUGCACAGAUCGGCAGCACCGCGCGAGGAUCCGCCCGAAGCGACCAACGAGGCGAAUCGCUGCUCUUCCAUGGAAGACCUUUUUACUCGGCGGAAUGGCCAGACCGGACGAAGCGCAGCCUCGGCGUGCGACCAUUCAUUCUCUUGAUAUGAACCCUGAGAGACGGUGGCCGCACGUUCGAGAGCACAGGACGAUCUACGGUGCAGCCCCCUCGGGCAGGGAGUUGGAAAUGCCUCUCCUCGCGCAUCCCCUUCGCAUGUACAUGCAAUACACGGCUAGACGCGAGGGCAGCGCAAGCAAGUUAGUACCCGAUUAACUAUUUGACCGACUCUGCGCAGCGCCCUCACCUCUGGGCCCAGUCUUUAGACCGUCAACAUGGAGAGGGGUCGCCGUGGCGGGCGCCUGAAAAUUGUGCGAAGGAGGCGGUCCUCCGGUCCGUGGGCGACGGGUGAGACUAUAAUAUAGUGUGCGGUGCCAGGAACGGACAUGCCCGUGUCCCUUCUUGACAUUGUCAACAACUCGUCCUCCGUCUGCCCGGAUACUGCCUGUUGUCCUGCUCGACAUUUCUUCCUUUGGCCAAGAGAGAAACGCUAGACCGUGGGGCCAAGUCGCAAGCCGAGCUGCACAGACCGACGAACGCCGCCAGAGUCUGAUUUAAGCUUAUUUUAAGCGCUGGCGCUGCAACACGACGGCUAUCACGGCACUCCGUACCGCCGCACACAGACAUUAACUUAGUAUCCGUGUGGCCAACGUGUCAACUAUCCAUCCGUUGGUGUCGUUGAGCUGAGUACUGUACGACAACCAUCAUCAUGCAUGCCAGACUAUACACGGUGAGCCUCGCUUUUGUCGGCGUGGCUGUCGCCUCACGUAGUGGCGUCUUCCCGCGACAGACAGCCGCGCCGUCCACAACAGCGAGCAGUGCCCCCCAAGUCACCGCCAUCUCCAGCUGCCAUUUUCAUGGAUCACAAAUGUUCUGCAUGGCCGGAACGACAGAGUUUCAGGUCAAGACGACGCCCACUCAGACGACCGACAUUCCUGCCCAGUUCACAGACUGCCACAGCCAUGGCGCCGAAAUGUACUGUGUAGCUCCCAACGGCGACGACGUCGAGGUGGACCCCCAAACAGAUGAAGGCACGGAAGGCGGUAACCACGACCACGAUCACGACCACGACAGCGGUAGCGGCUCUUCAGGAAACAAGCACUGCCACUUCCACGCAGGUGUCGAGCACUGCGUCGGCGAGGGCGAAAGCGAGAGCGGCGGUAGCGGAGCCCAAUGCGGCAAGGUGGCGCGAGACUACAACGUGCCUCUCCGAGUCGGUCUCUUGUUUGUGAUCCUCGCCACGAGCGCUCUUGGUGUCUUUGGUCCCAUCCUCCUCACGAAGCUGCUUCCGAACAAGCUCAACGUUACCUUUACGGUCCUGAAGCAAUUCGGCACUGGCAUCAUCAUCUCUACCGCUUUUGUCCACCUCUACACCCAUGCGUCCCUCAUGUUCGGUAACAAGUGCAUCGGCGACUUGGGGUACGAGGGCGUGACGUCUGCCAUUGUCAUGGCCGGCAUUUUCCUCUCCUUCGUUGUCGAAUUCAUCGGUCACCGAAUCGUGCUCGCCAAGACGCGCCGCGCUGCGUCACUCUCUUUCGAGGAGCGCGCCCGCGCCAUGCUUUCAAACGAGGUGGUCUCCAUCCUCGUUAUGGAAGCCGGCAUUCUCUUCCACUCUCUUCUUAUCGGCCUCACACUCGUGGUUGCUGGCGAUUCCUUCUUCCUCACCCUCUUCGUCGUUAUCCUCUUCCACCAAAUAUUCGAGGGUCUUGCUCUAGGAUCUCGCAUCGCCACGAUUGGCACCUCGACAGACACCAGCGUCACACACGGCCACGGCGUCUUUAAUAACGGGACUGCGGCCCGGGACACCGACAAGUCAGCCAACUCCCCCACGGCGGACACGAUGCGCCUUUCCCCGGCUCCCGAGGGCGCCACUGCUCCGGCGGGUCUCUCCAUGAAGAAAAAGCUCGGCCUCGCCUCCCUCUUCGCGUUCAUCACCCCGAUCGGCAUGGCCAUUGGCAUCGGCGUCCUGCACAAGUUCAACGGCAACGACCGCUCUACCCUGCUUGCCAUCGGCACCCUCGACGCUCUCUCCGCCGGCAUCCUCGUCUGGGUCGGCCUCGUCGAGAUGUGGGCCGCUGACUGGAUGACAGGCGCUCACGGCAAGAGGCCCGAGCUCGCCGACGCGAACCUCCUGACGGUCGGCCUCGCUGGCGUUGCCCUCGUCGCCGGCAUGGCGCUGAUGAGUCUACUCGGGAAAUGGGCAUAGAGCGGCUGGGGGGACUGGCUAGAAAACAUGAGCCGUUGUUGAGCUUGACAGUUGAUUGAUACCCAUUUUGGCGAUACGCAUGGGACGGGCAGGAAGUUGUGGUCACGGAGAGCGGCCACGCGGGCAGGAUAGCAAACGUUUGAUACUCUGGUCAGCAUUAGCAGUAUUUAGCAGGCACGGUUUAUAUACACCGGAUGUGAUUUUCAUAGGAGAAGGAACGAGUUCGGAUCAACCAUGACCAUGUACUUUGUGCACCAUUUCGCACUGGCCCGUUGCUCAAUUGUAA